AUGUGGCGCAGAGAUUCGGAGGGAAGAUGCAUCUGCAACGCUUGUGGUUUGUACGAGAGAGCCAACAACGGCCAGAAAAGAAGUUUGAGACAGACCAGAGGAAAAGCCCCCUACAAAAGACCCAAUCAAGUUUGCUCCAACUGUUCUACCAGGUCCACCACCAUGUGGCGCAAAACGGAGAACGGAGAAGAAGUUUGUAAUGCUUGCGGACUCUACUACAAGUUAUAUCAAAAACAUCGUCCAUUGGAGCUGAAGAGGUGGCUAGACGAUUUUUUUAGGAUGAAGUUUUUGCAAUUUAAACGAAGUUAUAAAUUAUUACAAAUUAUUUUAAAAAAUGAAUUAGUAGUUUUUUUGAUUAAUUUAACAUACAUACCACUUUGA